UCUCCGCCCGGCUGCCUCCUCCAGCUCCCCGGCCGCUGCGCCGCUCCGAGUCCCAGCAGAGCGUCCGGUCUGUGGGUAAACGCUGGCUGACCGCCCGGUCGUCUCCCUCCGGAUCUGACCGUGAAACCGGCCGAGGAACCGCGGACAGGUUUUUUCCGGUCUCCACUAUGACUGAUGGGGAUUAUGACUACCUGAUCAAGCUGUUGGCGCUCGGCGACUCCGGCGUGGGGAAAACCACUUUCCUCUAUCGCUACACUGACAACAAGUUCAACCCCAAGUUCAUCACCACGGUGGGCAUCGACUUCAGGGAAAAGAGAGUGGUUUACACGGCUUCAAACCCCAAUGGAACGACGGCGGGAAAAACCUUCAAGGUUCACCUGCAGCUCUGGGACACGGCGGGACAGGAGAGGUUCCGCAGCCUGACCACGGCGUUCUUCAGGGACGCCAUGGGCUUCCUGCUGAUGUUCGACCUCACCAGCCAGCAGAGCUUCCUCAACGUCCGCAACUGGAUGAGCCAGCUGCAGGCCAACGCCUACUGCGAGAACCCGGACAUCGUUCUGGUCGGGAACAAGGCGGACCUCUCCGACCAGCGGGAAGUUCAGCAGAAACAGGCCAAGGAGCUGGCCGACAAAUACGGCAUCCCGUACUUUGAGACGAGCGCAGCCACCGGUGUGGAGGUGGACAAGGCGGUGAUCACGCUGCUGGACCUGGUGAUGAAGAGGAUGGAGCAGUGCGUGGACAAACCGCCCGCCGACCCGGCCAACGGGAACGGCGCCGCCAAGCUGGGCGAGGGAACGCCCGACCCGAAACGAUGCGCAUGUUAGACCCGGAGACGCUCCUCCGUCCUCCUCUCAUCCCGUCCGUCUAUUACUUUCCUCCCUGUCUGUCCUCAGCAUGUUACUGUCCUCUUUCAGUCAUUCCUGUUUGCAGCUCUGACAAUAAACACGCUGCAGCUCCCUCUAGUGGACAUCCAAGGCAUCGCAGCCUCCGCCUGUCAGCCUUGAGAAACAAAUCGAACCAGGAGGGGGCGCCGUGGUCGCUGUCAGACGCAUAAUGUGCCUCGCUGAAAACCUGCAGCCUGGGAAUUAAACUGCACGCUUCCCUGCUUCACCGUUUAUCAGAAUCUGCAAUCCAACUUCCGUUCACGGCUUCACAGCAGGUAAAGGUCGAACUCUGAGUCAAAUCUGGGCUAAAACUAGUUUAAUGCCAGGCUGUGUGAAUGAAGCAUUUUAUCCUGGACCACACUGAGGAUUAGUGGGACCAAUGUGUUUUAAUUAUGUUUCUUUGAUUCUCUCCGCUCUGUGCCGGACCGGUACCAACCACACAUUAGAGAAGCUUUGUUUUAGACGUUUACUGAACAUGUGCCAAAAUGUGUUUUGUACUAACGGGUUUUACUGGGAGUCUUUGACACAAACAUGGAGAGGCUCCAGCAGCGUUCCUCAACAUAAAACUGUCCGUGAUGUCUUUUUGUGACCACUUUGUUUUAUUUUUUUAUUAAUCAAAGCUUUUUUAGCUAAUUUAUGGGAGUAUUUCAGCUUCAGCCAAAACAAGUUGUCCAGGAAAAACAUAAUAUUCAGUUUAAUUUAAAAAUAAAUGCACAUAGAAACAUAACUUGACAUGAAAUUGUUGUCAAAAAGGAUAUAAGGUCAGCUAACCAUCACUAACUGUUGUAUUGCAAGUAGAAAGUGGUACAGAUUAGCUUAGCAGUUAGCUUCUGUAGCUGCUAGCAUGAUGCUAAUGUAACAAAAGCAGCUCAAGAUUUUAAGAUGAUUUUAGUCAUAUUUCUUGCUUUACUUCUUGCUCUGUGAACAUUUUUUGGUUCUCGCUAACUUCACUGACAUGAUGAAGAUCAAGCUAACCUAGCUUAGCCUAAUCAGUAAAUAAAUUACAGUGGCUCUUAAAACUGUGUUUACCAGUUCAAGAUGAGAGAGUAAUCACGUUUCUACAGUUGGUAGUGAUAUUUGUCAGCGGUUCAUCAAAACAAAACACUUUAAUUUUCACAAGCUGUCCACACUUUUCAGAUCCGCUGCAGCUAAAUUGUCUUUUUGUUUUGGUAUUUUGUAAUAAAUAUGUUAUUAUUGUGGACGUCCGCCAUAAAUGGUCGUCCAAAAUUAAACAACCUCUGUUAACAUUUAUUUACUUUUUUGAACAGCAGAUACAAAAGACUCAUUAGCUAAUGUAGCAUUGAUGCUAGCCAGUUAGCUUUCAUAACUGCUAGCAAGAUGCUAAUGUAUCAACAGUAGCUCAUUUUCAUUUUAACUGAAAAAUAAACUUUUCAGGUUUUGCUUUAUUUUCAUUUGGUUUACGUCUGAUCAGCUCUCCAUCAUUUGCAUUCCACAGAAGGCACUAGCAUGCUAAAGAUAGGCUAGCUUAGCAUAACCACCUAGCAUUUUUAGCACAACAUAACAUUGAUUAGUAUUGGCAUUGUUUCGUCAUCUGUACACUUUAAAGCUGCAGUUUAUUUCCAGUGCAAAGGAACUGACGUUUUAAAGCGAAUGAAGCUCAGUUAGCAUAAUUAUACCUAAUGUAGCUUCAGUGCUACACAGUUAGCUUCAAGAAUUUUUUAAUGUAACAUCAGCUCAAGGUUUUGCUCAUUUGGGUGACUUCAUAUUUUUUAAGCAAUUCUAUGUUUAUUUUAUUGUCUUUAUCUGCCUCACUAACUCAUUUUUUCAUAGUCAUGCUAGCUUAGCAGAGCCCGCUUUUUUUUCCGUAAACAUCAGAACAUAGAUGAAAUUAAUUAAGCCUACAUUGUUUGAUUCUUCAUAUGGUGUAAAAAGUUGAAUGUGUGUUAACUGUGGAUCUCCAUCACAACUGUUAAAAUAAUAAAUGCUCAGUUUGUU